AUAAUAAUUCUGGAUCUAAUCAAAUUGCACGUGACAUUUCCGGCUUUCCCUGUCGUCUUCUUCAUCAAUAAUUCAUGAAGAUGAAGAGGGUCGUCCAGCCGAGCAUCCUUUCCUUCUCCCCUCUACACAUACCCAGUAGAUUAGAUUCUUUUGACCCAACAAUUUCUUGAGAAUCAAUCUUCAAGACCCGACAGCACACCCUCCUCCGAUCGAAAACAUGUUCCGGGUCUUGUCCGAAAUGUACCAGACCAAGAUGCAGUCCACCGGGACGGACUUCCUGAGCGCGAUCGUGCCCUUGAUGAAGCUCAUAUCUUUGACAGUCAUAGGGCUGAUCCUUGCCAACCCAAAGUGCCAAAUGAUACCACGAGCAACCUUCCGCCUACUCAGUAAGCUCGUGUUUGCGUUGUUCCUCCCUUGCCUGAUCUUUACGGAGCUCGGGGAGUGCAUGACCCUUGAGAACAUCGCCCAUUGGUGGUUCAUUCCCGUGAAUGUUUUGAUUAGUACUUUAGCCGGCAGCUUCCUUGGUUGGCUGGUUGUCCUUGUAUGCCGCCCUCCCCGACAGCUGAACCGGUUCACCAUCGUCAUGACUGCCUUCGGGAACACCGGUAACCUCCCCCUUGCGGUUGUGGGGUCUGUAUGCCACUCCAAGGAUAAUCCGUUCGGACCCCACUGCCACUCCAAGGGGGUGGCCUAUGUGUCCUUCUCGCAAUGGGUUGCAGUGAUCCUCGUCUAUACUCUUGUUUACCACAUGAUGGAGCCCCCAAUGGAGUUCUAUGAGAUUGUCGAGGAAGAUACUGAGAUCGUGGAAGAAGAAGAAGAACCAGCUGACAUUAGUAGACCGCUCUUAGUGGUAGCCGAGUGGCCUGGGAUUGAGGAGAAGGAGACAGAACAUUCCAAGACUCCUUUCAUAGCGAGGAUCUUCAACAGCAUAUCGAACAUUUCUCAUUCAACUCUUUCUGAUGUUGACUUAAUGGGAGAAACAGGUGGGACCAGUCCGAGGUCGAUUAUGUGUUUAGCGGAGCCUAAAGUGGUCAGGAGAAUCAGAAUAGUUGCUGAGCAAACUCCAAUUCAGCAUAUACUGCAGCCCCCGACCAUCGCCUCCUUACUUGCAAUUGUAGUAGGGAUGGUUCCACAAGUCAAGUCCUUCUUGUUUGGGUAUGAUGCUCCGCUGUCCUUUGUUACCGACAGUUUGGAGAUUUUGGCGGGCGCAAUGGUGCCCUCGGUGAUGCUGAUUCUUGGUGGGAUGCUUGCAGAGGGACCCAACGAUUCAACUCUUGGACUUAGAACUACUAUCGGUGUCAUUCUAGCGAGGUUACUGGUUCUCCCGCUCAUGGGGAUUGGGAUUGUGUCUUUGGCUGAUAAGCUGAACAUUCUCGUGGCCGAUGACCCGAUGUAUAAAUUCGUCCUCCUCUUGCAGUACACAACUCCAAGCGCGAUCCUGUUGGGGGCAAUCGCGAGUUUGAGGGGCUACGCAGUUCGGGAGUCUUCAGCCCUUCUCUUCUGGCAACACGUGUUUGCACUCCUCUCUCUCUCUAUAUAUAUCGUGAUUUACUUCAAGCUUCUAUGAAGCGAGGAAUCUUGCUCUUCCAUGUCUUUCCUUCCGCGUGAUAGUUAGCAUUCUGGCAUCCAACUAUAAAGAGUAACGAUUGUUAAUGUGCUCUGUGUUGAUAAUGUCUAUUGUGGAGUGUCUAUGUGAUAAGGUCAAUUUGAGAAUUGCUUGUUGGAUGAUAAUACACGACGGUUGCAGCCGCCUCCAGCAAAGGCUUCGGUGGCGAUUUGUAUUUUACAAGUCAUGUGUAGGAUUUGGGUGUGUCCCUCUCUUAAGCUCUUGUAUUGAGAUCGCAUGAGAUAUUAUGUCAUCAAUGAAAACUGUAAGAACAACUGCUGCAAUCCUGAUUAAGAUUGUUGAGGCCUUGCAGGUCAUUCUGUCUGACCAAAUUCUUUACGAUCCCGGUGUGAUAUAUCUCUGCACGUGUCUCAUUUCAGGAUACUUCACAACUACGAUAAGAUAUUACGAUAUCCAAUUUUUUGUAACUGCAAACUAGAUAUGCUGCUUGCGGAAUAGAAUUACAGAGUUUUGAGAUUUGUAA